UCAGCCUCCAACUCCAUCCCCUCCCUCCUCUGCGACUUUGAGCAAGCCGAUCUCUGUGGCUGGAACCACGACCUCAACCACGAUUUUGAUUGGAAGCGCCUAAAUUACGCCACGCCCAGCGGUGCCAUUGGCACUGGUCCCAGCUACGAUCACACCAAAGGACCCGGACAAGAUGGCUACUACAUGUACAUCGAAUCCUCGGCCAGAAACAUCAACGACACUGCUCGGCUCAUUUCGCCCGUCUUCGACAAAAGCAACGAAACGGUGUGCUUCGACUUCUACUACCAUAUGUACGGGUCCAGCACCGGAACCCUGAGGGUGUACAUGAAGAAGGUGAACGAAACGUGGAAGCUGAAUCCCCAAGAUGCGCUCUUUUCGAAAAGUGGAAACCAGGGGAAUCGGUGGUUGAGAGGAGUCGUUGUGCUGGGGGCGGUGAAUAACGAGUUUCAGAUUAUAAUAGAAGGCGUACGUGGUGAGAGCUACGUCAGCGACAUAGCAAUCGAUGACGUCCGAAUUAUUAAAGAUUGUGUACCAGCCAAUGAGCUUGCUGACGGUGAAACAACAACGGAGGAGUACACCUCGGAGACACCAAUCAGCGUGGAGUCCUGUGAGCAGCGCUGCAACACAAACGACAACCGCACCUUCGAUUGGUUAAUAACAUGCGACUGCGAUGAAGGUUGCUUCGAAAGAAACAGGUGUUGCCCGGACUAUUUUGACUUUUGUGUGGCCGAAACGACCUACGAAUACGUGGAAACCCCCAUGGAAACAACCACAGUUGUGGAAACCUCGCCCACUGUGAAAGCUACCACCAUUAAAGUCACAACGACACCAACCACGACGUCUACAACAACGACAUUAACCACCGUAACACCAAAAACCACAUCUAAGUCACCAAUAAUAACCACAUUCACCACACGACGUUCAACUCCUUCCUCCAUCAAAACCACGAAAGUGAAAGCAGCUGACGAUGACUACGGUGACGUUCCUGUGUUUACGAUAACCACAGAAGCUGAACCUCCUGGAGUUCCGGUGAAAGAAACCGAAAUUGUAAACGAUUAUGAAAACGACAAGAUUUUUGAUCACCGGAAGAAUGAUGUGGGGUCGAACAUGCACGAAAGCAAUACAAAAACCAUCGUUUUUGCUGUUGGGGUUGUGUUUGGUGUCUUGUUUGCCUUGGUCGGGAUGGCUUUUGUGGCUAGAAGAUACCAACUGUGUCAGUGCCACAAAAUGAGGUUGAACCAGUCGUCGAACGGUGAUAGUCAAAGCGAUGUGCGCUUUUUGACUAGCGACGAGGUUUUGGACUUUAGUUUAGCCGGUGACUAUGACACUUUGUGAGUUGUGGAUAUGUGUGUAGAUUUAUACUUUUUUAUUAUGUAGGUGUGUAGUUUAAUAAAUUUCUAUUGUGGUUGCAUUUCUUUAAA